GCAGGAUUUGCCCCGCGAUAAUAAAAUGCAGCUGGGCCCAACUGGAGGCUCGCCCAGGCACGUUUCUGGUUAAUUUUUGCAUCCGUGCUUUAUCGGUUCGCUUCACGCCGUCAUCGCGGCCGGUUGUUUUCCUCCACCUCCUUCAGACCCCUCUUUCUCCUAAGCAUGUCUCUUCUUGGCAUCCUCUUGCUGGAGAGAUGGAAGCCCAGGUUCCUGUUUGAUUUCUCAGCACAGCCAUCGGAGGAGCUGGGAGGGGAGAGUGAGGGGGUGACUGCAGGGGCACAACCUCACCUGCUCAGUGUUCCUGAGCUGUGCCACUGUCUGGCAGAAAGCUGGGUCACCUUCAGGCUGUACCUGCAGGAACUGCUACAGUACAAGAGGCAAAAUCCUGCCAAGUUCUGCAUGAGUGUCUGUUCAGGCUGCCUGAUUCUGGCUGUAGUUGGACACUAUGUUCCAGGCAUAAUGAUCUCCUACAUCAUUUUGCUCAGCAUUUUGCUGUGGCCUCUAGUGGUCUAUCAUGAACUGAUCCAGAGGAUGUACACGCGUUUGGAGCCUGUCCUGAUGAAACUGGACUACAGUAUGAAGGCUGAGACACUGCACCACAAGCAUGAGAAGAAGAAGCGACAAGGGAAGAGUGAGCCUGCGGCAGGUGAUGAACCGACAGCAGAGACGGAGAGUGAGAGCGAGGCAGAGCUGUCAGGCUUCUCCCCAGUGGUGGAUGUGAAAAAAACUGCCCUGGCACUGUCAAUCACAGAUUCUGAGCUCUCUGAUGAGGAGGCUUCCAUCCUGGAGAGUGGGGGAUUUUCUGUUUCAAGGGCUACCACCCCACAGCUGACAGACGUUUCUGAAGACCUGGAUCGGCAGAGCCUGCACAGUGAGCCAGAGGAGUCAUUCUCCAAGGACCUGGCAGAGUUUCCCUCCGUGGAAGAAUACCAUUCCAGAGACCUGGGACCACAGAGCGAUGAAGACGCCUUUGGCGUGCCUCUGGGUCCUGAGCUUGCUCAUGCUGACCAUGAGCUAGACUCAGCAGAGAAGGAGGCCACGGACUCUGACCUCUCCAUCCUUCGCCUAGCAUCUCCUCUCCAUUUUGUAAAUACGCACUUCAACGGGAGUGGGCAAGUGGCAGGAGGCAACACAGAGCCAAAGACUGUCCCUGCCCCAGGCCUGGGCAUCUGCAUUGAUACACUGAGUGAGGAGAUCGUCACCACUGCCAUUACCACGGCUGUGCAAAACACCCUCUCUGCCCUGCUGCGGUCCUCGGAGGCCAGUGAGGGACCCUCCCUCUCUGAGUUCCUUCCUACCGAGCCUGAAGAGAAACUGAACUUCCAAGCCCAGCUGUCAGAGAGCGAAGUGGUGGAGACACAGACAGCAGCUCCACCAGAGGAGGAGGAGGAAGCAGAUGACUUUGAGCUACUGGAUCAGGGGGAGCUGGAGCAAAUGGAUGUAGAGCUGGGGCUCAGAGAGGAGCAGGAGGCACAAAAGUCUCCUGCUCCUCCAGUUCCCACCUCUCCCAUGCUUGCUGAGCUGCCAAAGCAAGGAGGUGAGGAGGAGGCAGUGAUGACGGCAGCACCCAUGUCUUAGGUCUUCUUCAUGCACCCCCUUUUCCUCCAUCGUCACUGGAAAAAAGGAAGAAUAACAUGGUGACCGUGCAGUGGGUUUUUAGAUGUUUGUGUUGACUGGGAUGGAGACGCGUCAGUGUUAAUGUGCUGUGUCUGGAGUAACGAGUCCUUUCCAUCCUUCUAGAGCCUGGCCUUCCUGGUGGGGUGGGGCACGCCCCUGCCCUGUGGCUGGGGAGGAGCCGGCUCCUAGAAGCCUUAGACCACAACCCAAACACCAACCCCAGCAAACGCUUCCUAGUAAUGGUGCGGUAUUUCGGUCUGUCUUCUGUUUGUCUUUCGUUUUGCACGCAGAGUACCAAGCUAGCUGUAGGUGCUGCUGAUACCCACAUCCCCAGUAGGACAUAUGCAAUCUUAUUUUAUUGGGUUUUUAAAUGGCUAAAAGUGUAAAUAAUUUUAACUUUCAUUGGUUUUGUUGGGAGGGAGGGGGUGCACUGUGACACACAUGGCUCUCAGGGGUUAGGGGGAGGGUGAGGGCUGUUUGAACGGGAGGGUGGCAGCAAGGGGAUGAAAGCCUGGCGUGUGCUGUUCAGUGAAGAGACCCCCUUCUGUCAGACGUUGUCAUUGUCCGUGUAACUGCUUGAACAGACUCUGGGCCGGUGUGUCCCCUGUCUGAUCCAAGUUCUGCUGUUGGGUGGCUGUGGAGAUUUUUGCAAUGAAUGAAACUCGCUCCUGGCCCUGCUCAGUGCUCCGGUUUCUUCCUGCUGUGUCCUCUCCCGG